AUGCGCCACUUCGACACCUGGGUCCUCCGUGAUCCCUACUCCAUCUGGCACUACUAUCCCACCGGCCACCGUUGGCGAGACACAGUCCGAGAUCUGAUUCAGUCGCGCGCAAUCUGCGCCCCAGAAAAGAGCCUCAAUUCAGCCCCCAUAGACCCGUGGACCUAUCCCACCUCCCACCUUCAAUCCCAAUCCCAAUCCCAAUCCCAAUUCCAAUUCCAAGAUGCCCAAUCCCAAUCUCCCCUCCUCCGCCUCCCCACCGAACUCCGCCAAAUGAUCUGGUCCUACGUCCUCACCAAUUGCGAAACCCCAAACACCCAAUUCCCUCAAUUCCUCCACCUCGUCCAACUAAAAGGCAAAAUACGCCACGUCCGUUGCACCAAAAUCCACCCCCAAGGCGACGCCCCUAACCCCGCCCUAACCCAAAACCGCCACUGUUGCCCAACAACCCCAGCCCGCUGGCGCAUCUACGAUGGCCGCGUACCAGGCCACAGCGAUAGACUUCUGUACCCGCACACCCACGAACAUCUCCCAAACUCUUUGAGCAAUUCCAACACCGCGCUGCUGCGUGUCUGUCGCUCCAUCUACGGCGAAGCCGAAACAAUCCUGUACAAAGCCUCGCAUUUCGAUGUCGACGAUUUAUACACUUUCAUCGCAUUUGCAUCGUCACUGUCGCCUGCGGCUAGGAGUGCUAUUUCCAGACUCACUGUCCAAUGGAUGCCUGUCUGGACGCCAAUGGCUGGGCUCGAUCAUAAGGGUUCGAUCUAUGCGCAUACGCAUAGUGAUGAGCUGUGGGUGAAGUUUUGGAAUUCCGUGGCUGGUCUGGAGGGGUUGAAGGUUCUUGGCUUGAGUUUGGAUUUGGGACGGUUUACGAGUGUGGUCGGGAAUGGUGGUGAGGCGGUGGUUUCCGGACAGAGGAUACCUUUCGUGAUGGAGGAGGGAUGGGUGAAGCCGUUGUUGCAGGUUCGGGGACUGGAGUCAUUUGAUCUGGCGGUUACGGCGAGGUGUGAUCCUAUGUCGCGGGGUGUUGUUGAAGGCGAAUUGGUUAGGGAUGUUGGGCUCUUGAGGGAUGGAUUAAGAGAUCUCUUGUGUCGACCUAGGGAGAGUGGUGGAUUUGGAUUUGGAAUGAAGAGGAAUAUGGAGUGUGCGGAUGGGCCGAGGGAGAGGAGAAGAAAAGGUGUAAGAUUGGCCAUUACUGCUGCUUGA